CAAACACGUGACACACAUAUUGUAUACUUAAAUAUGUAAACAAAUGUUUUUUUUAUCGUAAAAACGUUUUGUUACAAUCAUUGGUGGAACCGAUGCGGUAAUAGUUAUGGACUUCAAGAGUGACCAAUUAAUGUGUGAUUUUUGUUUGUCACAAAAAUCGCGAUAUUGUUGUUCCCGAUGUCACCGACGUUACUGUUCAUCGAUUUGCUUCCGCAGUGAACAACACAUUGAAUGCUCGGAACAGUUCUUUAAAGAAUGUGUUACUCAAGAGCUUAUUAGUCAACGAUUUAAUGAUUCAUCAAAACAGAAGUUUCUUGAAAUUCUUAAACGCAACGGUCAACAGAUUUUUGAUAAAGAAAUUAUCACUAAUAAUGAUAAUAAUAAUAUCGAUAACGAAGAUGUUUUGAUUGAUGAACGGUUUAAAGAUCUUGAUUUAAAUGAUUCGCAUCAACUCUGGAACUGUUUGAAUGAUAGUGAAAGACAAGAGUUUGAGCAGCUAUUGAAAAGUGGAGAAAUCGGUACUUUAAUUGAUGUUUGGCAGCCGUGGUGGCUGACAGAUGACACUAACAUAUCUAUCAAACCUUUAGUUACACCGAUUGAUGAAACCUCUGUUAAAGAUAUUUCAAACAAUAUUUCAAAAUUACCUCAAAUAUUGUCAAACAUAACAAAUUUGAAAGAAUUAAUAUCAAAACCUGUUUCGCCCGCUGUCUGUCCAGCGGUGAUCAACACACUUAUAAGCUAUUGUUAUACAUGUCGUCUAUUUAAUGGUGACUACGAUACUAUUGAUUCAAUUGAAGUGUUUAUACGAAAUUGUCCCCAAUUGUCACAAGAAAUAAAUUGCGAUGAUCUCAAUAAAUCGCUAGAAAUGACAGUACAGCAGAUAAUGACCGAACAACCCUCAAAUAUGGCCCUACAAGUGCUCAAUGAUUGCAAACAUAUGAUUGAUGGACCAAAAUUUAGAUUGAAAUCUUGUGAAACAUCAGAAUAUGUUAUGAGAGCAUUAAGUGAUAUGAUUUAUACCGUAAAAAAUGUUAAGAAAAAGUGUUCAAAACAAAAACGUAAAGAUUUAAAAUUGGAUGCAUUGGUGAAGAAACUCGAAUUCUACCUGAGCUGGACUCUCGACAAUGCAGUUAUGCUAACUGAGUCUGUCUUUCAAAUUAAAUUUACGAUUGAUAGUUUGCGUUUAAUGAAUAAUCCUAAUGAAGCGCAAGAUAUUGGCCAAGAGUUGAGGAGAAAACUAUGUCCAAAGACAUUGAUUGARGAGAUCAAUUAAUAACGACUUA